UCUCGCCCAUCUCCCGUCAGCUAUAAACGCAGACAUGCCGAGGUCAUUCUCGCACUCCCACGCACCCCACGUACCCCACGCACCAUGCCCAAGCCCCUCGUGACGCACAUCUACACGGCGGACCCGUCGGCGCACGUCUUCGAUGGCCGGCUGUACAUCUACCCGUCGCACGACCGGGAGAACGACUACGGCUUCAACGACAAGGGCGACCAGUACGACAUGGUCGACUACCAUGUGCUCUCGCUGGCGGAGGAGGGCGGCGAGGUGACGGACCACGGGGUGGCGAUCAGCGCCCAGGACGUGCCGUGGGUCGACAAGCAGAUGUGGGCGCCGGACUGUGCGCGCGGCAAAGAUGGGCGGCACUACCUCUACUUCCCGGCGCGUGGGCAUGACGGCAUCUUCCGUAUCGGCGUCGCCGUCGGCGACCGCCCCGAAGGGCCCUUCAAGGCGCAGCCGGAGCCGAUCAAGGGCUCGUUCAGCAUCGACCCAGCGACGUUCGUCGACGACGACGGCGCCGCGUACUGCUACUUCGGCGGGCUGUGGGGCGGGCAGCUGCAGUGCUACAAUUCCGACGGGACGACGUACACGCCCGACGUGGCGGACGAGCCGAGCGGCGCGGGCGUGCGGGCGUACGGGCCGCGCGUCGCGCGCCUCCGUGACGACAUGCUCGAGUUCGCCGAGGGCGUGCGCGAGCUCGUCAUCACCGUCGGCGGGCAGCCGGUGCCGGCUGACGACCACGAGCGGCGCUUCUUCGAGGCGGCGUGGGUACACAAGCACAAUGGGCGGUACUAUUUCUCAUACUCGACCGGCGACACGCAUCUGCUCGCGUACGCUAUUGGCGACAGCCCGUACGGGCCGUUCGAGUAUGCCGGUACGAUUCUCGAGCCCGUCGUGGGAUGGACGACGCACCACUCGAUCGUCGAGAACUUUAAGGGAAAGACGUACCUCUUCUACCACGACUGCGAGCUUAGCAAGGGCGUAGACCACCUGCGCUCCGUGAAGAUGCGCGAGAUCACGUACGACAAGGACGGCAAGAUCAUCAAACAGAAGCCUUAGUGUGGAUCGAGUUACAUGUGGUGUACCAAAACUUGUCUAGUAUUGCAACUUUCUGAUAAUUUUCAGACAGUCGAGGAUGUGAUCGGUGCGUUAAUAUGUUGCUGUAGCUGCCGACGACGUCGUCUGUGUUCAUUGAGUUAGUCGAGG